AGAGGGCGCUGUGGAGGCACGACGUGUUAUUUAUGUUCUGUUUUAAUCAAGAUGGCGGACUCAGAAGAACCUAAAGCGGGCUCUUGUACUUUUCUGUUCAAAAAAUCCACCAAAAAAUUCUCCGGGCGAAAAAGGAAAGCAAGCGACAGCGACAGUGAUGGCAACAAAGACGACGAGGAACAGAGCUCUGUGGUCCGAAGAGAAAAGAAAGGUUUAAAGGUCAACCCCAUGAUUCAAAAGACAAAGAAAGUAGAGAGAGAUGCUGUAUCCUCCAGUGAGAGUGAAGGCGAAAAAGAAGACAAGAUCACUGUUGCCUACAAGUCCACAAGAUCAGCUAAACCAGAGGGACCUGACGACAUGGGGGCAACUGCUACAUAUCAGCUGGACACAGAGAAGGACAACGACGCACAGGCAAUUUUUGAAAGGAGUCAGAAAAUCCAAGAAGAGCUGACGGGUAAAGAGGAUGAUAAAAUCUACCGUGGCAUAAACAAUUACCAAAAAUUCAUCAAGCCCAAAGACACCACCAUGGGCAACGCCUCUUCUGGCAUGGUCAGAAAAGGACCAAUCCGAGCCCCUGACCACCUGAGAGCUACAGUCAGGUGGGACUACCAGCCAGAUAUCUGCAAAGAUUAUAAGGAGACUGGUUUUUGUGGUUUUGGAGACAGCUGCAAGUUCCUUCACGACAGAUCAGACUACAAACAUGGCUGGCAGAUUGAAAGGGAGCUGGACGAGGGUCGAUAUGGGGCCAAUGAUGAGGAGAACUACGAGGUCAGUAGUGAUGAGGAGGAUUUUCCCUUCAAGUGCUUCAUCUGCAGGGAGUCCUAUAAAAAUCCCAUUAUCACAAAGUGCAGGCACUAUUUCUGUGAGGCCUGUGCUCUUCAGCAUUACCGCAAAUCAAAGCGCUGCUAUGUGUGCAACACUCAAACCAAUGGUGUCUUCAACCCUGCUAAAGAGUUAAUGAGCAAAUUGGAGAAACGUCAGGCUGCAGCAGACCAACCACCAUCCGAUGAAGACGAUUAGCAACAGUCCACCCUUCCCCUUAAGUGUUCGUCUGUGUACAUUUUGAAUAAAAUCACUUUUUUUUUAGACAGUC